UCUUUUUUUUGGGUGAGGCCCAUUCUACAACCAAACUCUAGCAUAAUUGUUACUUUGUCUUUCACUUUUUAAAUUUGUAUUUAAAUUUUAAUACCAUGUUACUUUUGUUUCCCCAGUUUUACUGGAAAAAUCAGCUAACGAUGCCGCUUAAAAGUGACUCCUUGAUGGCUUACUUCUAUGCUGUAGGCACAAUGGGUCUGUUGGUGAGCAUGAUCUGUGUGGCGAUUCCCCAAGUGAGUCACUUCCUGUGGAGGUUGUAUAAGAUCUACGCUGAGUACACACCCAUCACUUACCUAAGUAAUGACCACUUGUCACCCGUUUCCAAGCACCGACUGAAUCUAGUGGCCAAGAAGACACUCGUAUUGGACAUGGAUGAGACCCUGAUCACAUCGUGGACAAAGAAGCGAGACAAAAGCGCCCAGAGAAUGCCAUUAGUACCCCACGACUUCAAAUUCUAUCUGCCGCAAUACGGGACCGAAAUCUAUGUCUACAAGCGUCCGCACGUGGACUACUUCCUAGAUCGCGUAUCCAAUUGGUACAACCUGGCUGUUUUCACAGCCGGAGCCAAGGACUAUGCCUCUCCGAUUCUGGACUUCUUGGACAAUGGACGAAAUGUCCUGAAAAUGCGUUUUUACCGGGAAAAUUGCAUCGAUGUUUUUGGUCUUAAGGCCAAGUACGUAUCUCUGGCUACUCCUGACUUGUCCAAAGUUUUACUUUUAGACAACUCCAAGGCGGAAUGCUUUUUUAAUGUGGGAAACUCUAUUAACAUCAAGUCCUAUAAAAUUGGCAGCCACGAUGAGGCUCUAAUCAAUUUGUUGCCCUUCCUCGAUGCCCUGCGCUUUACCAAGGAUGUACGAUCCAUCCUCCAGCGCUGCACUCGUUUCGAGUGUCUCAACACGAUUCUAGAAACUGUCGCUUAGUGAGAUCUCCACGUUUUAAUUUUGUUAAAUUUUUAAGAAUUGAAUCACCGGAUUAUCAACAAAGGU